AUGGAGCGUCAGCCGCAGAGCAGCCACGAUGCCUAUGACGUCACGUUUGCAGCCAUUGCCCGCUUCUUCAAGCUGGGGGUCGAAGAGGAGCGGGAAGAAGCGAAAGAGGUGAAGCCCGCGGAGAUGUCGCCUCCCGGAGAAGGGGGAGAGGAGCAGAAGGUUCAGUCCGAACCGGAGCAGGGAGCAGCCGCGGAUGGGAAAGAGGCGGGAGACGAAGGAGAAGGAAAGGAAGGCUGCGAGGUCAGCGUCGGAGCCGCCGGCCCCGCGGACGGUGGUGAAGGCGGAGAGCAGGGCGUCGAGGAGCAGCCCCCGCGGGCCGCCGUCGAGGGUCCCGAGGCCGCAGACGGGCAGCGGCGGGGCCCCCGCGCCAGGUUCACGCACGUGCAGGUGCAGGACCUGGAGCGCGUUUUCCAGCACACUCAGUACCCCAGCGCACGCAUGCGACAGGAGCUUACAAGGUGCAUGGGUGUGACUGAAGACAAAGUGAAGGUUUGGUUUAGGAGUAGAAGGGCCAAGUGUCGGAGACAUCAGAGGGCAGUAAUGCUCAGAAACGUGCCCCACGUGCCCCCGGUCCUCCCUGCUGUCGUCAGCGUGUGUCGACCCUGCAGUGCCAUUCUGCUUCAGGAGCUGGAUUGGGUCCACGUUUUUCUGGAGCAAGUGCCGCUGGAGCUGCCUCUGCUGCCCGGGGCGCCCAUGCCACCCAUACCGUGUGGGCCACCCAUGCCGCCUGUGCCACCUAACCUGCCCGUGCCACCUGUGCCACCUGAGCCACCUGUGCCACCCUUGCCACCCUUUCCUCCUAUGCUGUUGCCGCCUCCGCCCUGUCAUCUUCCACACGUGCUUCACUGUAGGUGCCCUCAUGUGGCAUGGCGUCGUUCCUUUCCAUUGGAGAUCCUUCAGCUGCCCCGACUUUCUAUUGAAUUGUGUCUGUGA